CUAAGAAAUCUGACUUUAUAAAUUCCUCUGUUCAUGGAAAAAAAUAUUUUAAUUUUUAGUGUCUGUUUCUUCAGUUGUCAUAUACUUAUCAUUGCUAUGACAAUGAUUUUAACACAGUUGAGAAAAUGUAUUUAUUAUCAUAGGAUUCAUGGACAAACCCUGAUACAAAUGCCUUGUUCCCCUACUUGCCUUCUGACUGUUGAAUUGCCCUGUCAAAACACUGGCUUUUUUCACCAAGCGCUGCAAAAUUUCUCGCUGCUCCAAAGAGAAGUUUCCUUCCCCAUUUCAGGCAGUGGCAGUGAAGACUGGCAUCUCUUAACCCCUAUCGGAGCCCUUCUGAAUGUGCUUUUUCGUGCUUGACUGCUAAAUCCUUCACUGGAACGUGCCAGCACGCGUGUCUUGCCUUACAGAUCCCCCAGAAAAGGAAACUUCUGGUCUGCACAGGUGUUCCCUUAACUUCUCUGUCUUCUUGUUCUGCUUUGGCGUGCCAUACGUCUCUGAAUCUGCAAUUGUGCAAAAUGAAUGCACUGGCACGCGUGAUGACAGCAGUAAGCUACAUGGCAGGGUUAAUGCUGCUUCCGGGUUUAGUCCUUAAUCACGGUGAUGCCUUCGGUACAGUUUGUUAUUUCCUGGGGACAGUGACAGCAACAAAGCAGGGUCUCAUCAUGAAGAAGAAAUACAGGUUCCCACUCCAAUCUUACCUAGAAUCGGAAUUUCCAUCUUGUACAAGUCAGCUGCAAGGCUGACAGUGCGAAGUGAGAUACAUAUAUAAAGCUGGCAAUGUGUGUUUGUAACAGAUGAUAUCUUGCAAGAAGUUAAAAGGAUUGACUGCCUGUUGUAAAGUUUCAGUAUCCUGUGCUGAGUUCCUGUGUGUCCCGAGAAGAAGAACUGUGCCUAACACAUACCCCUCGAUGUAGAAGCCAGAAAUGAGCAAAUUGAUAUUUUUGGUUAUGCAAAAGGGAGAAGUGUAAAAAAUCUUGCAGAGGUCAGCGGGAAAGUUGUGGCUGUGCUCUGAGCCCCACAGCCAUACUGCCAGGAAGGGUAUCAGAAAUGAGCUCCACCUCAGCAGUACGUGUGUGAAACACUUCAAAAAAAAUGUUCUAGAAAAUCUUCCAGUCCCCGCAAGCUGAUGGCAUGAAAACCUCCCUGUCUGAUUAGCCUUACAGGAGGUCCGAGCACUCAGAGGUCAAGAAGAUCGUUAUGUUAAUGUGGGGUAAUUGAAUCAAAAAAUCUAGUAUUUGGGACGAGCCUUUUCUCAUUUCUGAUCUGGGAUAAAACUGAGGAAUCUUUAAAUUGCCUGGACUAUGGUGGAAGCAAUACUGAUUGAUCUGUUCAGCCUCCCAGCCGUGUUGCAGAACAACAUCCAAGGACUGCUAUGUAGGACGCUGGAAACUAUUGAGAAGUGCUCUUCCAUCCCUGCUCCAUUUAUUUAUGUCAUGUGCUACCAGGUGCAGGGCAGUGAAGGGAAGGGUGAGCAAGAUUCCUUGCUUCCAGCUCUGAGAGACUUCCAGAGUCUGAAGAAAAGACUUGAGGUGGUACGUGCUCUGACUACAGCCGCUGCGUUGUACACCAUCAAACAAAGACUUGAUGAAAAGGACAUAAGCAGCAUUAAAAUUAUUCUCCCUACCUUAAGGAAAGCAUUAAUGAAAGUAUACAUAGACCAUCUCUUUACUCCAGUUUACCAGUUUGAAUUUGAGGAUUUACAGGUGGCAUCAGAUUGUAAUAACCUACAGAUAACUGAACCUCAGAGUGAAGAGCAAACGCUUUCCACACAGGACGUGGCGCUCAUCCAAAGUGAGAUUCAGACAUACCUGGAAAGCCUGCCGAGUCUGAAGGGGGAGCUCACCAUCCUCAAAUCUUCCCUGAUCCCAGAUGAUAUCUUCCUCCAUGGAUUCACCACAAGGACAGGUGGGAUCUCCUACAUACCAGCUCUAAGCUCCUGCAAUCUCUUCAGCAGUUCUAAGAGGAGGGACCCACAAGUUGUUGUUAAAGAAAAUCUCCGCAGGCUGGCUAAUGCUGCAGGAUUUAACCCAGAGACUUUUCACAGAGUCAAGACUGAUCACGCUAAUGCUGUGUGUAUUAUGGGGAAGACAGAGCCUGACAGCUAUGAUGGAAUAGUUACGGAUCAGAAAGGUGUUACAAUAGCAGCUCCAGGAGCCGAUUGCAUACCUGUGCUGUUUGCUGAUCCUGUCAGAAAAGCCUGCGGUGCUGCUCAUUCUGGAUGGAAAGGCACGUUGUUAGGAGUUUCAAUGGCCACGGUAAAUGCGAUGGUAUCAGAAUAUGGCUGUAACGUGAAAGACAUCCUCGUGGUCCUGGGCCCUUCUGUAGGGCCUUGCUGCUAUAAACUACCUCACGAAUCAGCUAAAGAGUUUCACAGAAUUGAUCCAAAGUGUGUGAGACACUUUGACUCUGCAACUCCCUAUAUUGAUAUUAGAAGAGCCACACGGAUUCUUCUUGAGAGUGGUGGGAUUCUUCCUGAGAACAUCCAAGAUGAUUCUGUCACAGACCAGAACCAAAAUAUCACAUUCUGUACUGCAUGCCACCCUGAUAAAUUUUAUUCUCACUUUCGUGAUGGCACUAACUUCGGCACACAGAUUGGCUUCAUAUCAAUCAAAGAGUGAGAUAAUAUCUCUUACGCUGGAGUAGUAUUUAGACAACAAGUCUGGUGUGUUGCCUGUUAUCCUGCUCUCCUGGUAGAUUUUUUUCCUUGUUUCUUUCAUGGACUUGUGAUGGAAAGAGUAAACAGGCCUUAAGAUUCUUCUGCUUCUUCCAUUCCCUGUCAUUCUGAAGCAAGAAGAGAUGUCUAAGAUAUGGAUCCAAUAAUUCUUGUGUGAGCCACGUUCCAAAGGAAAAAAGGACAGCUCCCAACAGUAACAGUAAAACACACACACACACUAAAAGCAAGCAAACAAACAAACAAACAAACAACAACAACAAAACCAAAGCCUUCAUUAUCUUCUGGAUGAGUCUUCUGAAUGAAGUUAAGGCUGACCCUACUGAUAAAGGAAAGGAAACCUGUUUUUUUAAGAGGUUGGGUACGCCCAUCAGUGUAUGUUUCAGCUGAAGGUUAGCCUUAAAAAAAAUGAUGUGCCUCAGAUUGUUUUUGUUUAGAUUAGCUUGAAAAAGAACUUCAAAGCACUUACAAAAAUAACUUGAAAGUGAGAAGCAAGCAAGGUCCUUUGGGGCAGACAUUGUAAACAUUUGAAUGUUAACUUAAGCAUUUUUUGAUUGUAAAAAAAAUAAAACUAAGACUGAAUAUAA